UAAUGCGCAGCUACGUCACACUCCGGUUUCUACGGUAGAGAAGGGCGCGAGAUAGAAAUCCAGGAGCGCGGAGAAUCUGGGCGCCCCGCUCCAGCUGGUCACAGGCAUUCAACACAACAACAACGAGCCUCCAUCACUAUCGGUAACCGGGUUAUAAAUACCACAAACACCCGGAAUACAGCGAUAAAACACCGAAUAUACAUGCACAUGACGUGCAACAGCAGCAAGACAUAUCACCGUCGCACCGUAAACAGCAAAAACAGAGGGAAAUGUCUUGGUGGCCGCGCGGCUGUUUGUUUCUCAGUGAGGAUGGAGAGGAGGCCAUGCAUCAAGACACUGAUUCUGAUGUGGCAGAGCAGAGAGAUGGUGGCAAAGUGAAAGUGAAAUGGACACAAGACGAGGAUGACAGGCUCAAGGCUCUGGUUCAGAAACUUGGGCCAAAUGAUUGGAAGUAUAUUGCCAGCUACAUACCAAAUCACACUGAACACCAGUGUCAGCAUCGUUGGUUUAAGGUCCUGGAUCCAGAAUUGGUAAAGGGUCCAUGGACCAAAGAGGAAGAUGAAAAGGUUAUAGAACUUGUAAAUCUCUAUGGCAACAAACAGUGGGCAAUGGUAGCCAAACAUCUGAAAGGCAGACUGGGGAAGCAGUGCAGAGAGCGCUGGCACAACCACCUCAAUCCCAAUGUGAAGAAGUCAUCGUGGACAGCUGAGGAAGAUCUCAUCAUCUACAAGGCUCACUGCCUGGUUGGAAACCGCUGGGCUGAGAUUGCAAAGCUGCUCCCUGGAAGAACAGACAAUGCAGUGAAGAAUCACUGGAAUUCAACCAUCAAACGCAAGUUGGAGAUGGGUUUCUAUGCCGGGGAGGUCUUUAAGUCAGAUGAACUUGAAGAGCUGUUGGCCCGUGUUAAUAAAGAUGUGCAGAUGCCUCGUUGUUCUCAAGAUGGUGCAGACAAGGAUGCAGAGCAGAAGCCAUAUCCUUCAUUCCAGGGAACAGCAGUUUCAGCCUCUGUUAAAUGCAGCCCCAGCAAAGCAGGGCCCUCAAAGGCUGCCCUCUCUCCAAAGGACAGCUUAAGCCCUAAGACUGAAACAGACACUUCAGGAGAAAUUAAUGGUACCAGCUGGGUGGUGGACAGCUCCGGCUUUCUCUCCCCUACUGGCCCAGGACUGAAGGAAGUGCUGGACAUGGUGGAUGGGGACCUGGAUGGUUGGUGCAACCUGGCAGCCUUUGACCUGCCUGAGGAUAGCCCGAGCCCAGAGCGCCACCAGUUUCGUCUGGAGGGCAGCGCCUUGCAGGAGUUGAGCAAAGGCAGCAAGGGGGAACUAAUUCCAAUCUCUCCUGGAGGCGUCACACCACCCUCUAUACUGAAUCGCAAAAGCCGGAGACGCAUUGCCUUGUCUCCUGAUGCCAGUAACUCCAUGACUCCCAAGAGCACUCCUGUUAAAAUCCUGCCCUUUUCUCCAUCUCAAUUCCUCAACAUGUGGACCAAGCAGGACACUCAUGACCUGGAGAACCCAUCCCUCACGUCCACACCCGUGUGCAGCCAGAAAGCUAUUGUUACUACACCUCUACAGCGAGACAAGACCCCCCUCACUCAGAAGGAAAACUCAGCAUUUGUUACACCCAACCACAAGUCUGAGCUCUGUACGACCCCACGAACUCCAACACCGUUCAAAAAUGCCAUGGAGAAGUAUGGCCCUCUACAGCCUCUGCCUCAGACGCCUAACCUGGAAGAUGACAUAAACGAGGUCAUCCUAAGAGAUGCUGGAAUGGACUUGGUCGUUGUACGUUCAACUCCGCCUGAGCAAAGACGCAAAACAAUGCAUCGCCCUCCUUUGAAGAAAGUGCGUAAAUCGUUGGCCCUUGAUGUCAUAGACUGUCAGAUGAUGCCUACAUCCAAACACAAAUCCAUCAAGACUGAAGCCAAACACAGUAUCAAGGAAGAACCUAUGAUUGUUUCUCUGAACUCCUCGUCAUCUUGCAGUAAGCGGCAUGAAAAUAUUUUGGAUCAGGGCUUCCUUAUGGGACCUAGUGAUAGUGCCAUAUUUCCCAGCACAGUGCCCCCAGUUCCAAUGUCAAAAGAGUGGGAGACAGUUGUUUGUGGACAAACUAAAGACCAGCUCAUAAUGACAGAGAAAGCCAGAAGAUACCUUCGCUCACUAAAAUCCCAUGCACCCAACCGGGCUCUGAUUCUGUCCUGAGACGUCUCAGAUCGUCACUAACAUGUUACACAUGCACAACACAAUGUUGCUGUUGCUGUGUGUCCCUACCUUUUUGCUUUUGUAAUGUUGUUGGGGAAAAGAACAUCAUAUGUAGGUUUAGUUCAGUUUUUGAACAAGUCAUUAGCAAUCAAAACCCUUACAGUAUGUAGCAAUGUCAAUAAUUUGAGAGAGAAUGGUGCUUUUAGAUCUGGCCUCCCUCCAAUGACCUCAGUUAUGAAGUUAUGAAUCAUAUUUCAUUUUAUUGUCACUAGUAUGUGUGUGUGUGUACUAGAAAAACAAUGAAUGUAAAAUUGAAAAAUCAAGGCUAUGUACUUUUGCUAUCUGAAAAGACAUUGUUUUACAUUGCAUAAUGUCUGUAAUUUAACAGUGUUUUAAAAUUGUGAAGAAUACAAACACUCAGGUUGAAUCCAUAUCUACAUUUAUUACAAAACGUACAGUUGUUUUGAUGGUGGAGUAAAUUCAGACAGGUUGAUUAGUAAUGUAUUUAGGAAUGUUCAUAUAUGUUGAAAGUGUUAAUUGAAUAUUGUCUUGUAGGAUCUGUUUAGCAUAUGUAUAUAUUUAUGAUAUACAUCUCAAUACACAUUAGGAGUGAGGAUCUCUAAUGGCAAAUUUUGACAUCUGAAGAUUUUGUUGUGACUGCACUGCAACACACAUCAAUAACACAUCAAAGUGACUUACCACUUAUUAAGAUCUGACAAACUGAUGAAUACAACUGGGGAAGUUGUAUUUUUAUGCAAUAUUAAAUUCAUUGUGUUGUAAUGGGAGCAUGCAAGCUAUACCAACCUUUGAUUGCAAUGGUAUUAUGUUAUUUGGCACCAUUUCUAAAUAUUGAGUGUUGUAUGUUUUUACUUCAUCAUACAACAAGUUGUGAAGAAAUUUAAUUAAACAUUAAUACUAUUUCCAGUAAA